UCCUGUCCCACACCCCUCCUCUCGCUCACACUCAGCCUACUGUGUUCUCCGGGAUCCGACCCCAAAAUUUUCUUCUGCCAACCUAGAUACAGACUCAUAUCAUUGCUUCCCAACCCUCCCAGCCAGACCUUCUUAAUCCACCUGCUCCUCCCCUCUCCUCUCUUCACAAUGUCCUCCGAACAACUCCCCAUCUCAAACGACGCCUCUCCGGCUCCAAUCAACCCUUUGGCCGCCCAUCCCGUCCGAGGCACCGCCGAUCUCCUCAACAACCCUCAAGAUGCCCAGGGACGACAGCCCGCCUCCGCCACCGCCGCCUCCUCCGAACUCGCCAGUUGGAAGGUGAAGCUCACGGGCGCUCUGCGUCACUUUGCUGACUUCCCCAUCAAGGGCAUUGAUUUUGUCGAUAUCAUGCCCCUCUUCCUCGACCCCACCGUCCACCAGACUCUCGGUGAUGCCCUUGAGCUGCAGGUCAAGGAGGGAUUCCCGACUCUCCCCGACGUCAUUGUUGGUCUCGACGCCCGUGGUUUCCUUUUCGGCCCCGGCCUGGCCCUCCGUCUCGGCACCGGCUUCGCCCCGGUGCGCAAGCAGGGCAAGCUGCCCGGCCCGUGCGUCACUGCCGAGUACCAGAAGGAGUACGGCUCCGACUUCUUCCAGAUGCAGCAGGAUGCUAUCAAGCCUGGCCAGAAGGUUCUGGUCGUCGACGACAUCAUUGCUACUGGUGGUUCCGCGAAGGCUGCGGCCGACCUCAUCAAGCAGCUCGGCGGCGAGAUUAUUGGCUACCUUUUCAUCUUGGAGAUCCCAGGCCUCAACGGACGUGAGAAGCUCGGCGACACAAAGACCAUCAUUCUCCUCGAGGACGCAUAA